AUGGGUGAGUUUAAUCAAGCUGAAGAACUCUACAAUGAAUUACUCAAGAAUGCUUCCACUGACAGUGAUCUAGCACAUAUCUAUCAUCAGCUUGGAUGUUUGAAAAACGAAGCAGGAGAAUACAAAGACGCAGCUUCAUUUUAUGAAAAAUCUCUCGAAAUCAAUCGAAAAAUUCUCCCGGAAGAUGAUCCUUCAUUAGCUACUUCCUACAGCAAUAUCGGUGGAGUAUAUCACAACAUGGGUGACUAUUCCAAAGCACUUGAAUUUUACGAAAAAGCACAACAAAUGAAAGAGGAAGCUUUGCCUUCAAAUCAUCCCUCGUGGGCAACUUCCUAUAACAACAUCGGUUCAGUGUAUUAUCACAUGCGUGAGUACUCAAAAGCAGUUGAAUUGUUUGAAAAUGCACUGGAAAUCGAAGAAAAAACUCUACCUCCAAACCAUCCAUCAUUGGCUGCUUCCUACGGCAACAUGGGUUCGGUGUAUAAAGACAUGGAUGACUAUUCGAAAGCGCUUGAGUUUUACAAAAAAGCACUUAAUAUAUCCGAAAAAGCUCUGCCUCCGAAUCAUCCUGAUUUAGCUACUUUCUACCGCAACAUGGGUCAAGUGUAUCACAGCACGAUUGACUAUCCGAAAGCACUUGAAUUCUACGAAAAAUCACAUCAAAUAAACGAAAAAGCUCUGUCUUCGAAUCAUCCCUCAUGGGCUGCUUCCUACAACAACAUCGGAUCGGUAUAUAAAGACAUGGGUGACUACUCGAAAGCACUUGAAUAUUACGACAAAGCACUUAAAAUAAGAGAAGAUGUUCUGCCUCCAAACCAUCCCUCAUUGGCUACUUCCUAUGGCAACAUUGGUCAAGUGUAUCACAACAUGGGUGACUACUCCAAAGCACUUGAGUUUUACGAAAAAGCACUUGAAAUAAGAGAAAGAACUCUGCCACCAAAUCAUCGCGAUUUGGCUGGUUCCUACAGCAACAUCGGUUCAGUGUAUCGCUACAUGGGCGACUAUUCGAAAGCACUUCAGUUUUACGAAAAGGAUCUUGAAAUCACAAAAAAAGCUUUACCUUCGACUCAUCCCGAUUUGGCUACUUCGUACGGCAAUAUCGGCUCGGUGUAUCGCUACAUGGGCGACUACUCGAAAGCACUUGAGUUUUAUGAAAAAGAUCUGGAAAUCACAAAAAAAGCUUUAUCUUCGAAUCAUCCGGAUUUGGCUAUUUCCUACGGCAACAUUGGUCUAGCGUAUAACAAUAUUGGUGACUACUCGAAAGCACUUGAAUUUUACGAAAAAGGUCUGGAAAUCAUGGAAAAAAUUUUGCCUUCAACUCAUCCCGACUUGGCAGCUGCCUACAGCAACAUCGGUGGAGUGUAUAACGCCAUGGGUGACUACUCGAAUGCACUUGAAUUUUACGAAAAAGGUCUGGAAAUCACGGAAAAAGUUCUGCCUUCGACUCAUCCCGAUUUGGCUACUUCCUACAGCAAUAUCGGUUCGGUAUAUGACGACAUGGGUGACUACUUGAAAGCACUUGAGUUUUACGACAAAGCGCUUAAAAUAAAAGAAAAUGCUCUGCCUUCAAAUCAUCCGGAUUUGGCCACUUCCUACAUCGACAUUGGUUCGGUGUAUCAGGACAUGGGCGAUUAUGCAGCAGGCCUUGAAGCUCUUCAAAAUGCUUUUCGAAUUCUGCAAAUAACAUUUGAAGAAGGUAAUUUAGCUUUUAGUCGUACAUACUCUUGGUUCGGAAUGAUCUAUCGUAGUAUGAAGGAUUACUCAAGGGCGCUUCAGUAUUUUGAAAAGUGUCUCACAAUAGUUGAAGAAAUCUUAGGAGAAAAGCAUCCCGUUCUGGCUAUAACAUACAGUAAUAUUGGUGAUGUUCAUCGAUUAAUGGGCAAUUAUGAAAUGGCACUUUCAUUUCAUCAAAAAGCGUUGAAUAUUCAAGAAAAUGUUCAAUGCAAUCCUCUUGAUUGCGCAACAACGUAUACAAAUUUGGGUGAAACUUAUCGGGAAAUGGAAGAUUAUUCAACGGCAUUAAUAUAUUUGCGAAAAGGAUUACAAAUUCGUGAAAAUAAACUCCCAAAGAAUCAUCCUAGUUUAGCUGUAAUCUAUCACAAUUUGGCAAAAUUAUAUUUGACUACUCAACAAUAUAGUAUGGCAAUGAAAAAUGUCCAACAAGCGAUGAACAUUGCUCAAGAAAAAUUGCCUUCAAAUCAUCAACAUCUUUUAGACUAUAAAGAAACAUUUGAAAAAAUUCCAAGGACGAUAUAA